AUGUACCACGACUACCUCCCAGAUUUCAGUACUGACGAGCUUCGAGGCCUUGCCAUCAGCGGAGGCGUGGAUUCUAUGGCAUUGGCUUACCUAUUCUCACAUUACAUCAAAACAUACAAGACGCAGCAUAUCGCCGAUAACCCAGUCCAAGACAUCUUCGCAGCCACGGUCGAUCAUCGCUUGCGACCCGAGAGUGCAGCAGAAGCAGCCGAAGUAGCAAGCAAUCUCAGGCGCCUUGGAUUGAGAGCUUUCGUUUUCCCGAUUAAUUGGUCAUACGUGUUGGGACACGAUGUAGACCCCAGCAAGCAAGCGAACGUCGAGAGCAUUGCCAGGACCCUUAGAUACCGUGUUCUAGGCUCUUUCUUUUCAACACAUGAGGUCACGAGCCUCUUCUUCGCACACCAUCGUGACGACCAGUACGAAACAAUACUCAUGCGCCUGCUUUCUGGCCAUGGCUAUCGGGGCCUGCAGGGCAUAAACAAGGCGAAUUCUAUACCCGAGUGCUACGACAUGCAUCGCGCAUACAAGAGCGGCUUGGUAGAUGAUCAAAUGCGUCCACAUCCAUUUCUCAAAUUCAGUCCCGCUGGUAGAGAAAUGAGGGCGUUGCGAAGCAGGCUCAGGCUGGAGAGCACACUUCCCGGGUUUGAGCAAUUCCGAUCACACCUCGGCAUCAACGAUCUAUCUGCUCGAUUCCCUGGUCAGCUGCAACGCGAAUACGAUGCUGGCAUUCCAUAUCUGUCUCCUCUGAGCGUCGAGGACGGAGGGAUCACGGUGUACAGGCCGUUAUUGGAGUUUGAUAAAGCGAGGCUUAUUGCCACCUGUGAAGCCAACAAUGUGCCUUGGUUUGAAGACCGCACUAAUACUGAUGCUACAUUGACCACGCGCAAUACGCUGCGGAAUAUUUGCAAGGUCAACGAGCUCCCGCGAGCCUUGCAAAAGCCUUCUAUCCUGGCUCUGGCCGCGCGUUCGAGACGCAGGGUCCAGUGUGAGGAAAAUGAAGCGUCGCGCAUUAUACAUCGCCAAGUGGCCAUAGUUGAUUUUGAUCCGAAUGUCGGCUCGCUACUAGUGGAUUUGCCCUUGCUGUAUAUUGGCAGGGAAAUGCGCGGACGUCUCAACCAGCCGGCAAGAGAUGAGGCUCGGCGAGUAAGGCAUCGACUUCUUGCUGCUAUAAUCACGCGCAAAAUGAUUAGCCUCGUGACCCCCGACAAUCACCUCCCAUCGAUUUCGAAUCUUGGAAACACUGUACGGCGGCUCUUCCCUUACUUGUACAGUAAUGGAACUGGUGUUCUCGAUGGGGCAGACCGCAAGGCCUUUUCCAUGGCCGGUGUGCAAUUUGAGCCCAUACCAAGCUACAAAUCUACGCGUUGGUUCCUAUCCCGGGCGCCGUUCUCUUCUAAUUUCCUGCGUGCGGUUACUACGACCCCAGAGAGAACGAUUCAGCGCCCAAACUGGGGUUCAAACUCUCACCCGCUCCCGUGGGAAGCACCCCGGGACCCGGCCUGGAAAACUUGGAAGACAAGCUUGCUAUGGGAUGGACGCUUCUGGAUCCGGCUCAAUUCCUGCGAUCGUAAAAAAGGGCUCCAUGUACUACCUCUAAUGGCAAGGCAUACCAAAGCUUUCAAAGCUGCUUUGGAUCCCAGAGAGCGCGCUCGAUUCGAAAAGCUUCUCAAAUACCAUGCACCGGGAAAAGUGCGUUACACCUUACCUGGCAUUUACGCUGUUGAAAAGCUGCACAAAAGCCAGGAGGGAAGUGAGGAGUCAGAACGUAAAAUGAUGCUGCUGGCCCUGCCGACUCUUGGUGUUCAAAUUGCAGGCUUGGAGCAGUGGGUGCGGUACGAUGUCCAUUACAGGAACAUCGAUAUGCAGCUGCUUGGCAAACGAAAAUGCAGCAAAACGCCCAACAUGAAUGGGUUUACGGCACGGAUUAGUGUAUCCAGGAAGAAGAGGCAGCAACGGAUGCGAAAAGUCGUUGGAUAA